UCGGAAAGAAGAUUUCGAAAAUGAAGAAAAACAAACUAUCUUUACUCUGAAGUCGUCAUCAUGCAAACAGGCUUCUUAAAAUAUGCUGCCAUUUUCGCAGUGGCUUUUGUUUACGUACAGUCUCAAUUUUACCAGACAAAGGAAGUGAAAGAGAUAGUUGAGAGUAAAAAGUUUAUAUACCAGGGAAGUAAGUUAAAGACAUCGUGUAUUUUAAAUUGUCAAGGGGAUGUAGAGUGCGAAAAGGUUAUCUUCAAGGAGAAAGAAGGUGGUAUGGGGCCAGGGAAAUGUUGGAAACUGAUAAAAAAUGCCAAAGAAGGAGACGAAGGAAUUCAAAUUCAAGGCAAAGAAACUAUUUUGAAAACAUUUGAGAUUGAUCCUUUAUUUUGUGGAACGAGAAGUUGUUGCCGAAGUGGUGUUUGUCAAAGUCUGUGUGGAAUAGAUCCUGUUUGCCAUUGUGGAGAUUGGGAAUUACAAGCAGCUAAUAUUUGUUUCGGAGCAAGAAACAACAGUUAUGGUGAAUUUCAAAUUCAUCGAAAUGGCACACUCACGAAAUUAAAACUUCAACAUAGCAAAGAAGGUACAUUAAGCUGUUGGACAACAGAAUCUACUAAAGGGUCCAAAUGGGGUUGCAUUGCGGACAAUGACUCCAUUAGAACCCUAAUUACGAACAAUAACAAUAAAGUCAUAUUGCCUAAGAAUGAAAACGCAACCACGAAGUAUAUACUUCCAGGUUUCCAUCAUAACUCACCUUGUGUCAUAUUUAAUGAUCAUAUCGAUGUGACAAUUGAUGAUAUAUUCAGAAUCUGGUAUACCGAGGAUUUAUAUAACACAAGUGAAGAUGAUAAUUCUGGUAGAUCAUGUGCUGACGUUUAUACUGUUAUUGAAUGACUGUACUUAUGCAGACAAUGAGAUCCGACACUCAUUAGACAUGUGUACAUCACACAUAUUUACAGCGCAUAUACAUAGAACAUUUAGGCGCAGCGUAUUUAUGCGUCAAGCGUAUCUUUUUCCGCACCAUCAGUGACCAAGCAGUCAGUGUAGAAACAGGAUAAAAGUUCAAACACAAGAACUGGCACAUGUCCUGGCUUCGUGAAUAUUAUAUUUGAAGAGAACGAAGAAACCG